UUGACAUAUAGCCUAAAAACGUAUUUACAUACAGAAUAAAGAUGAACGAUGUGUUACAGAAACAUGGCUGUGCCAACGUUUUCUCAAUACCCGAAGGACUCAAGGAACUUAUGUCUGACAUUUCACGGGAAGUUUUGCGUGAGCAACCCAAGCACAUUUUCGACUUCAUAUCCAACUACCUGUCAGUGAUGAUGCUGACGAGAGAACACGGUGUGAUGGCAGUCAGUAUACUUGAAGAUCUGUGUGACUGUCGGCCGUCUGUCUCACAACAUCUCAUGCAACUGGGAAUGGACCAGAAUGAAGCCGAGAAUCUCGCCGAAAUAAUUAAGGACGAAAUCGAAGCGUUUCAAACCGACGAAAAUUCAGAUUCAUUGAAAGAAAGUCAAAUAAUAAAAAGGAUACUCAAAAAAUACCCUCUGGAUGAGGUGAUGACAGCCAAGGUAUGUCAGGUUGCUAGAAACGCUUACCGAGAUUAUUGGUACAGGAAGAAAUCUUUAGAAAAGUCAUUGAAAAUUAAACCCGAGGAACCGUGGGAGAUAGCGGCCCAGCGUACCCUGGAGCUUUAUAAAAGAACCAAACCAUCCAUGAGCGAAUUGACUCGCGCCACUGAGAAAAUACAGGCCGCGUACCGGGGAUACCAUGUGCGAAGAAACAUUCUGCGUCAUCUGAAACAGAAGCCAAAGAAGAAAGGUCCUAAAGUUGAUCUGCCAGGAGCUCCCCUGGAUAUCGCGGAAUCUAGAGAAAUCGAUUUAGGCCCAUUGCUUAGUAUCACUGUUAAAGAAGACGAUAUAAGAAGUAUGUUCGAGCAACAUACGACAGAAAAGCUCGGACUCCAAUAUGACCCCAUGAAGACCAUAACACACAUACCAGAUGAAGACGCUGAUGAAGUGUCAGACUACAUCAUGACCAGGGAUAGGCUCAGUCGUUCAUCGACUGGCGAACGACGCAGUAGAGCGGCCAGUGUCGCGGACGAACGACAAAGCCGUGUAGUCAGCAUCUCCAAGGAACGGCCGAGCUAUAUUACUGAAGAAGACACGUCGAUGCAAAAAAUUUCAUUCUCCUUGGUACCACCGCAAGUGUUUCCAGAUCAAUCCACCAUUACACCUGUGGCAGAAGACCAAGAAAUAAAGGAAGUGCUGGCGCCCGAGGACAUUGACGUCACAGAUACAGAUACCAAGGCGGAUGAGGUUCCGGAGGACUUACCAGAAUCCGAGGGAGAAGCAGAGAGUGUUCCAACGACAUCAGUUGCAUCUUCUGCACCUGAAACAGCUCCGACAUCUGAACAAGAAGAUGCAGGCGAAGAAGAGGGGUAGACUUUAUAAUAUAUUUAAAUAUCAUUUAAUUUUUUUUCGAUUCAAAAGUCAAAACGAACAAUGUUUGGUUUCUUCUAAAUCUCUGAUAAGUUAUAAUUAAUUA